UUGCGCUCUCCAGAAGGAGUAACGCUCUCCACAACCAUGGCUGAGUCCCAGCUCGUGUGUAUGGAGGACGGGCAAAUCGGUGCCAAAGUCCCGGAGUCCAAACCGGAGUUUUACUACAGCGAGGAGCAGCGCGCGGCCAUCGAGGAACUUCUGAAGAAUGGCGACGGUGCUUUCAAAACACGGCUCAAAGAAGACAAAAUUAAAGACUUCUUGUCUGCGAGGGAAAUAAAGCUCCUGCUGAACACUUUCAGGCAGUAUAACGAGGACGGCGACAGCGGCGGUGGAAACGCAUCUCCCCCAGCUUCCGAGGAAGAACCCCGCGGAGCCGAUGCAGAUUCCGGGGUCCAUUCCACCUACUGGCCCCAGAUGUCGGACACCGAGGUCCCGCCGCUGGACAUCGGCUGGCCCGGCGGGUCUUUAUUCAAAGGGGUGACCCGGGUGGCUGUCCACACACACCCACCCAAAGACAACGGACCUCACAUCAAGGCGGUUGUUAGACGUCUCAUCCAGGAGGCUAGCAAGGUGAUAGCCAUUGUGAUGGACAUGCUCACCGAUGUCCAGAUCUUGCAGGACCUGAUGGAAGCGGCUUGGCGUCGUUCUGUGCCAGUUUACAUUUUGUUAGAUGACCAAGGUGUGCCACACUUCCUGGAUAUGUGUUCCAGGCUUCAGAUCGGCUCUCAGCACCUUCGGAACAUCAGAGCCAGAACUCUUCAGGGUGUUGGCUUCGGCCUUUCCUUCGGCAGACUCCCUGGUUCUCUCUGUAAUAAAUACAUGCUGGUCGAUGGAGACAAAGUCAUGUUUGGCUCCUACAGUUUCUCCUGGUGUACAUCUCGUAUGGACCGCAACAUGAUCACUGUGAUGACGGGACAGGUGGUUGACUUCUUUGACCAGGAUUUCCGUCAGCUGUAUGCCAUCUCUGAGAAACUGGACCUGUACAAGGAAUUUCAUGUUAGUCUACCAGCGGGUUACACAACCACCACAGUUCGCUCCAAAGUGGAGCCCAAACGGCCGCCACUACCAACAACCACAUCGCGCUUCCAGGUCAGCUUAGGAGAUUCGCGGAAGGCCGACAUCCAGGUGCCCGCUCACAAAUACUACAACCCCAAAUACUUACUGGCCUUUGGGAAUGUUCCACCUCCAGCAAGAUCUCUGCAGCUGGGAUCUGAGAGAGCGUCUGUUCUGGAUGAGGUUCCGGAAGGGACAGAUGAGGGGAGGCCUCGACUGGCCAGCAGUGACAGGAUGGAUAGGGUUAGUCAGCCACCCUCUGAAGUUCCGAGUGAAGUUUUGAAGAAUUCAGUCAAAACCAAGCAGGACAAAAAGGGCCGGCAUACAUGGAAGCUAAAGUUCUUAAAGGGGAGAUCUCCCAGUAAGCUGUCUCCCAGAUCCAGCACAGGUCCUGCACCCAUAGAAACCUCUCAGAGCGACGAGGUAGAGGAUAGUUUGGAGGUGAUCGUAUUAUCUCCAUCCAAAGAGAAUAAGAAGUCCCAAGAGAACCAGAGAGCAACGUCCCAGCAAGCUGUCAACACUGCACAUGACAAUGAGAGUAAGUCAUGA